GCCUGACGAGCUUCAUCAUGAGAUGGAGCCGCAUACAGGAUAGGUAAGUAUAUCAUCACCAUGAUUCAUUUGGUAUGGUAUAGUAUAGUGUCUGUGCAACGUGCCCUAAGUAAGCAAGUAUGUACUGCACCUUUGGAUACGAUCCGAUACCGACAAUUUGACUCGCAAGCUCAUACUACCCAUCCUCUACCUAGUCUACAAAACAACUCGUUUAUGCGGGCAUUUACAUCAGAUGGUUAUCUCUGGUUCUCUACAGAUAUGAUGGCACUCCGUAUUGCGCGAAACGAUUUUUCGGCCCUCUCUCGCGCCCGAGUUUCUCCCGACCAUUGGCUCCGAUUACCUACUUGGGCCAAUGGAGAAACGGAGCCGGGUUGUCCCCGGGGGGUUUUUUUACUGAUUGAAUUAUCGAAAAAAUAAUUCAAUAAAAUCAUUAUUAACUGUUUUUAACGCUGUAUUAUUCCAUUCAAUACCACUCCACACAUCCCCCCUGACACAGAACAAGUAAUGAAU